GGUCAUUUGGUUGCAGUAGCGUUAAGAUGGCUGGUGAAAGUGGGGGGAGGAGGCCGGGGGUGACAUGGAGCAGAUAGUAAAACGACCCAUCAUGGUCAGCAGCUGUGGUGGUGGUGGCCGCCUUGACGACCACCGCGCUGGGUCACAAUGGAUGGCAUGAUGUAAACCUGCAGUGUGUGGUGGUGUCGGGCGCGCGAGAUGUGAGGUGCAGGGGGCCCGGGGUGGGUGUGUCAAAUGGCUGGUGACAUCUAUUGAUUGAAAUGGGAUUUGGUGUUGUGGCUGUGGUGAUUACCCCCCUCUUUUUUUUUUUUUUUUUUUUUUUCACCAGCCAGGUAUGUGUGGUGAUCCCCCUCUCAGUGUGUCCUGGUGGCAACAUGAGAAUGGUGGAGGCGCUUGGUUCAUUGUUGUCAGGCUGAUGCCGUUUAUCAGAAAGGUGUUGCUAUGGUCAUAAGCUGGCCAGAUUGGUAGGAAAGACACUGCAGGACAAGACUUGUGUUUGGUGUUAGGUGUUUGUAUCUUUUUUUAUUUUAUGCAUAUAUCAUCAAGAAAUGGGUCUGAAGGGUGGUUUUAACAUUUCAUUCAGAAUUCUGCUUAUUAAUCACUUACUCACCUUUAUGACAGGUGUGUUGCAGUUAACAGAAUUGCACUGAAUCAUUUGAGAAAAAAAAAAACACUGCAUAUUGUUUAUUUGUAAGACCACUUACAAUUGAUCCUUGGGAAGUAAGCUUUCCCCAAACAUUGUCCAAUAUUGGAAAUUGAGCAUUUAUCCCUAGGUUCAUGAAGACAGUCAUAAUUCAAGAGGACAUUUACAUAAAACUUGGCCAUCAACAUUAGAUCACAUCAUAAAGAAGGCGCAGAGCUGAAGAUAUAAAUCCAAGUGAUGACAGCUCACUCAGGCAGCACCGGAGUGGCACAGCGCAUGUUUGCUGUGAGCUGUGCUGCAGCAAGACACUGAACCUCAUCCCUCCCUUGGCCCAUCAUGUUCCAUCGCUUCCACGACCGAGCUGGGCAAGACCCUGAUAUGAUGCAGAGUGGCAGCCGCAGCAACACUCCAGCCAGUGCGCUGGAUGGGAGAGCCAUGUUCCCUCACUCAUCAUCCGUCCCAGGCCAGCAGAUCCCUGUCUCAUACCCAAGCAUAUCCAGCCCCAACCCCAAUCUCAUAUCACCGAGUGCCCAACUCAUGGCCCUGGGACACAACAUGAUGUUUCCGGGGUCUAAGUUCAUGCCUCCAACCCCUCCUGAGGCCCAUAGGUACCUUCCAGAGUCAUACAGGUUAGCUGCUGAAUCUCUUGACCAAACCAGGUAUGGGCUGGAAACUCAGAGAAUGCCGGCAGAUCCCUACAGACAGACUGGUGAUUCCCAACGCCUUCCUGCUGACCUGCAGCGCAUUAGAUCAGAGCUUCAGAGAACGGAGGAGCAAGCUUUGGACCCUUACCAUCGUCCUGCCAGCGACUCCUAUAGGAACCCAAUGGAUGUACAAAGAGCUCAGGAGUUGGCUUCCAGUGCACAGCGCUUGGUGUCUGACCUCCAGCGUCUACAGUCAGACCCUGAGCGGCUGGUGGCUGAAGCCCUUCGUCCCCAAGCGUCAGAGUCCAUGCGGAGCUCUGAGGUGGCUUACCGCUCCAUCAUGGCUGACUCUCUCAGGCAACCUUCAGAGGCUUCUCAGCGCAGCAUGCACGAGUCUGUACGCAGCCAUGCAGAUGCACAACGCAUGGUUCAGGAAAGCCUCAGAGAUUACUUCAAUCCAUCUCAGAGAAUUAUGCAAGAAACUUUAAGAUCUCCAACAGAGCAAAGACUGAUGCCAGAAAAUUUACGUUACUCAGGAGAAAAUUUAAGAUCAGAAUCACUACGAUAUGGAACAGAUUUAAGCAGCCAACGCAUGAUGCCAGAGAAUUUGCAUAUUGGAGCUGAAACCUCACAGCACCUUCAGCCUCGAGCUGACACCCCUCAUUUCCAAGUCAGUACAGAAAGUGCACAGCAUGGUCGUGUGAAAGCAGAGACGCCCCAGCACAUGCCAGGCAGGGCAGAGACUCCACAGCACUUAAGGAUGGGAGCUGAAACCCCUCAGCACUUGCAGGGCAGGGCAGGGACUCCACAACAUUUGAGGAUAGGAGCUGAAACACCUCAGCACUUGCAAGGAAGAUCAGAGACUCCACAGCACCUGAGGAUGGGAACUGAAACACCUCAGCACUUGCAAGGCAGGGCAGAGACCCCACAGCACUUGAGGAUGGGAGCUGAAACUCCCCAGCACUUGCAAGGCAGGGCAGAGACCCCACAGCACUUGAGGAUGGGAGCUGAAACUCCCCAGCACUUGCAAGGCAGGGCAGAGACCCCACAGCACUUGAGGAUGGGAGCUGAAACACCUCAGCACUUGCAAGGCAGGGCAGAGACCCCACAGCACUUGAGGAUGGGAGCUGAAACACCUCAGCACUUGCAAGGUAGGGCAGAGACCCCACAGCACUUGAGGAUGGGAGCUGAAACUCCCCAGCACUUGCAAGGCAGGGCAGAGACACCACAGCACUUGAGGAUGGGAGCUGAAACACCCCAGCACUUGCAAGGCAGGGCAGAGACCCCACAGCACAUACAGAUGGGUUCAGAAACUCCUCACCACCUCAGAAUGAGUGAGGAAGCACAUCAUCUCAGAAUUAGGUCUGAAACACCCCAACACAUGCAUGUUGAACCUGAGGCGCCCCAUCACCUAAGAAUAAGUAAUGAAGCUCAUCAGCACAUAAGAAUGAGUGCAGAAACACCUCAGCAUCUUAGACUUGGAGCAGAAACACCUCAGCACAUAAGAAUGGGUUCAGAAGCACCUCAGCAUCUGAGAGUUGGGACAGAAACUCCACAACAUGUCAGAGUUGGAGCUGAAACACCUCAGCACCUCAGAAUGGGAGCUGAAACUCCUCAGCAUCUACAAAUGAGCGUGGAAACACCUCAACACCUCAGAGAUGAUAAUGAAACACAUCAGCACCUCAGAGUUGGAGGAGAAACACCUUUACACCUAAGAGCAGGACUAGAAUCUUCUCAGCACCUGCACCUCAGGCAUGGAGAAAAUUCUCAGCACCAUCGCCUUGGGUCAGAGGGCAGCCAGCACCACCUUGGGAUGGAGGGCAGCCAGCACAUGCGCCUGGGCCCCGACACACCACAUCACCUCCGCCUGACUGCAGACACACCCCAGGGCCACCCAUUAAUGCCAGAGAAUCUCAGGGUGACAAGUGAAGCUUCACACAUGGUUCCUGAGAACUUGUGUGUGACAGAAGCUUCUCAUCCCAUGCCUCAAAAUCUCCGUAUUAACCAUAACAGCGGUGGCAACACCAACAAUAGCAGCAGCAGUAGUGCCGGUAACAACACCAGGAUAAACACUUUGCCACUUCCAGACUCCUCCAUGCGCUCCCACUAUGACUCCUUAAGUCACCGCAUGAUGCCUGAGUCAUCUCACCCAUUAAGAGACCCCAUGAGGGUGGAAUCUCCUCGUUAUGGUGACUCACUGUACAGAGCUGACCUGGGCCACAACAGUGUGGGUCCAUCCACUCCUGCUGCCUCUUCUAUGUUCUCCGUGCCUGAUGGCAGUAACAACCCAGCACCACAGCACCAGUUGUAUUCCAGCUCCUUCAGUGCUGUGUUCAACCAGUACAUAAGUGAAAACCAGGAUAGGGAUCAUAGGGACUCACAGGGAAUGGAAGCCCUUGAUAUGAAGCCAUAUGAUGUCAAAACCUUCAGUCAGGACUACCCUUCCACCAUGACAGGGCAUGAGUCCUACAUGCAAGUUGCACCUAAGCCUCCUAAACCCAAGAAGCCAAAAGAUCCCAAACCACCCCGCACACCAGUCAUUCACAAAUGUAACGACUGUGACAAAAUAUUCAAGAACAGCACACAGCUCAAGAAUCACAUGUGGCGCCACACAGGGGAGAAGCCCUUUUCCUGUGAAGUGUGUGGCUCAAAGUUUACUCAGCAGGGAAACCUGAGAGCUCACAAGAGAAUUCACACUGGAGAACGACCUUACCAGUGUCCACAGUGCAAGGCCUGCUUCACACAGCUCUCCACACUCAAGACCCACCAAAAAAUUCAUUCUGAUGAGCGACCUUACAAGUGUGACCAAUGUGAUGCUGCAUUCAGACAGAUAGCCAAUUUGAAGACCCAUGCUGUCACCCACACAGGGGAGCGACCUCACAAGUGUGACCAGUGCGACAAGGCUUUCACACAAAAAUCAAACCUCAAAGCUCACAAGAAUCGAGUGCAUUCAUUGGAUGGGGGAACCACUAUCAGAAGAGGCAGAAAAAAAAACCCCGCCGCCAUUAAGCCAUACAACUGCAUGGAGUGUGGUGCCAAAUUUACAAUGAUGAGCAACCUCCGAAUCCACAUGAAGCUUCACCUGGGGGAGCGUCCCUUUGAGUGUGAAUAUUGCGGUGCCGGCUUUGCCCAGAGGUCUAAUCUUAAGACCCACGUACAGAGGAUGCACACCAAGCUUCCGGGUCACGGGCGGCGCAGGAUCAAAUGCGAUGAGUGUCCAGCCAUGUUUAGACUCAGGCGCUGCCUAAAAACUCACAAAAAGAAAAGACAUCCAAUCAAGAGCCUCAAAAUCAAGAUCCUAAGAGAAUCAAAACUUUAUAUGAAAUCUGAUGGAACAGAAGGAAAGAGAGGAGGGGUAGGGCGUGAUGAUGAGGGAGAGGACGAUAUUGAGGAAGGGGAGGAUGGAACAGAUGGGCCAAGUUUAGAACCUAUUGUCCAGUUGUGUGAACCAAAGGAAGAGCCGUACUCACCCAACUACCACAGUGCUGAGUCCCCUUACAGCACAAGUGAGUGGUCACGGGAGGAGGAGGAGGAAGCCAGGGAGGUGCAAAGGGGCAGAAGAGAAUCAAAAGAUCUUCCACAAGAGUCUUCAGAAGCAGGUUUAAGUAAAUGAGAAGUAUAUGCAAAAACCUGACUUGAGUGUCUCAUGCAAAAGCUUGCCGAAAAAGAAAACACAAGAAAUUAUUUAGAGGCACCCAAGUUGGUAUUCUUUUGGUUUCCUCCACUUGUUUUUUAUCCCCAAACAAAGUUUUUCUUAUUUUUGAAGUUUUAUGAUAAAGCCUGUAUAACUAUUGCCAGAUUUUGAUGCCUGAUGGCUUUUGUGGGUGUUAGGUCAAAGGUUUGUCAUGCAUUCAUCAAGCUCCUAACAGAAUGCCUCCAGUCUCCUUUUUGCCCUGCUUUCCCUCUGUGUGGACUGCACUGGUGAAUGUUGCCUUGCUUUACUAUGAAUAUUGUACUUACACAUUGUCAUGGGAAGAAGCAUAUCAACAGUAAGGUCAGCAUUGACACUUUCUGCAGCUCCACAUCAGAGGGAAGAUUACUCAUAGAAAAAAUUACUCAGACUUUCCAAAGUUAUAUUUAUAUACUGUCAUCUUGUGCAGUUCCUUAUGGGUGCAAAUGAUCAAUCAAAAUCAUCAUGAGUCAGCUAUUAUCUACAUAAACUGACUGCUUAUAUUCAAAAGUAGGUUAAUAAAUUUUAACAUAACCCACCUGGCGGUCUGUUAAUUGGGAGAAAUAGGGGCAUAGACUUUCAAGGAUUGCAGUUAUUAAGAAUUUGCCAGUGUUCUUGCCAACUGUCUUCACACAGAUUACAAGCCUUACUUGGAAACUACCUUUUCUGAAAGUUUUCUAGUUUUCUACAGGAAACUUUUGACAUUUUAACCAAACAACCAAGAGAAGCUCAUGAAUAGUUUGUUGUGAAUGAAGACAGAAUUCAGCGUUAGUGAACAGGAAUGCUUUCUUGGCUCCUGAAAACAGCUUUAAUAGUCCCAGCAGGCAUGACCACAGCCAUACUUGAGGUGCCACACAGCUCAGUGAUGCAGGCAACUAUUGUCAUCCAGAGUAUAAUGAGCCAGUGGGUUUCCUGGCACUUGAGUGUGACUGUGGUGUGUCUGCACUGGAUAUUUGAUCUGAUGGCUUUAGAUUGAAGGAUAAGAGUUGACAUGUUGGGUUGUGGUAACAUUGCUUAUUGCAUCUGAUCCUGAUUUGAGAAAACACAUUACCAGCCUCUUUACCCAAGUUCAUACUCUACAUAUCCAGUAGUAAUAGGAGGAGAUGCAUGGAAGUGGUACCACAGUCAACAUUUGGGUUAGUGACAAGGUCAGUACAACCUACAGGGGAGGCUCAGCUACCCACUCCAGCUCAGGGAAAGUUGAUCCUCAUCAACACUCCGUCUACAAGCUGAAAACACAGUAGUAACACAUAAUCAAUAUAGAGAAGUAGAGAGACAGUGAAAGCACUGAUGUAUACAGUAUAAACAGAAAAAUUCCUUGACUUCAAUUACUUUCACAUUUUUUUUUUUUUUUUUCUUUUUCAAAUCAGGGUCUUUAUUACUUUAACAUUAUUGUUUUUAGUGUAUAAUAUAUUAACUGAUCAAUUGUUCAACUCCAGUUUAAGUAAAUAAUCCAAAUUUUUUAAGAACACUCCUUAGGUCUUAACUCCCAUGUCAAUCAAAGGUAGUGUGUAGGACCCUAAGAGAAUAUUUUCAUUUAGCACUGCAAUUGUGAGAACUAUGGUAGUUUUGUAGUUUGAAACUAUACUGUUUUGGGCUUCUUCCUAGUUCCUCAAGACACAGUAAACAUAUCCAAGGGUCGGAGAGCGCGGGGCCGCCUCUCAGUGGUGGUGGCCAGCAGCGUUCAUCCUGGCUGGCUGAGGUGUGUCAUGCGAGGCAACUCCCUGUGACUGACCAUAAGAGUAGAGUGCAGUUUGUUGGUUUCACCUUCUAAGUGUCUUUCCUGUCUUAAACUAAGCAUUUUUUAUUCAUAAUACUAUAAGGUUUUGACUUCAACUGUGCAAAACUUCUAGAAACCCAACCCCUCUUAGUACCUGUAAGACUUUUUAAAAUCUAAAAUGAAGCUGCAUAUGCAAUGCCUCUUUAUUACUUUAUAUAAUUAAUAGGAUUGAUAGUGUGUAGGACUGAUAGUAUUCAUAUAUAUAUUGUUCAAUUCCCUAUAGUGGCGACCUCAGUGUAGAGGUGUUCUUGUUUGAGGAAUCUUGCAUGCUUGAGUUAAAUAUGAUGGAUUCCAGCAUCCCAAGAUCCCCUGGAGCAUGUCAGCUGUGUGUGUGUGUGUGUGUGUGUGUGUGUGUGUGUGUGUGUGUGUGUGUGUGUGUGUGUGUGUGUGUGUGUGUACAUUUGUAUGUUUGUAUAUGUGAGUGUGUGGUAUUGCUCGCCAGUGUGUAGUUUGCCCCAAGAGACAUAUUGACUGGGGUUUGCUUUGCCAUACAUGACAGUUUUGUUUUUAUUUCCCAAGUCACUGUCCAGGAUUGUGCUUCAGAGAUGCACCAAGCAGCAAGGCAGAGCAUCGGGUCUCCUGAUGGCCAGUUGUUGAUGAGAUUUUUUUCCUCAACUGUAGUGUGCUUGUAGUUAUGACACUUAGACACAUACCAAUCAGUGCCAUGGUAAGGGAAGCUUAAGCCUUGCUGCAUUUGAGUAUCUCUGAGACAUGAACCUUGAUGAUCUAAAACCAAGGAAAAAUGAGAUCUGUCUAGUAUUAUCAUGAUUUCUUUAAGAGGCUAUUGCUGCUCAGUAUCCUCUGAAGACUUCAUUGGAGUAUAUUAUAGAUUACUGCUUAUCAGUCAUCCUUUAUAGAGGGCUGAAACAAGCAGUCUGGAUUUACGUAUACGGUGCACCGAGUCAAUUGCCAUAGUGACUGCUCCAUCCAUAACCCAGGGACAGGAACAAAACCUCUCUCUACUAAAAACAAGUGUGCAUCAUGAUAGAGCUACUGAGUCACCUGCAAGAAUGUUGAAAGGUCUAAAGCUGAGGUUGAUGUGAUUAUAUAUCCACUGUGUUUGUGAAGGGUUAUGGAGGAGCAGGGUGGUCAGUGUGGGAUGAAGGUGAUGGGAUGCAGAGGUUGUCAGCAGUGCACUCGAGUUGAAGGGAUUUGGGGGUGUUGUUUGUGUGUGAAUACUUUUUUUUUUUUUUUUUUUUUUUUUUUUUUUUUUAUUGAUAAAUCCAAGGUUUCUUCCAUUCAUGAAUGUGUGGUCAAGAAUCAAGCUGACAUGCACGUGUUCAUGAACUGAAAUUAAACAUAACAUGCCUACACAUUAUGCAGACAUGUCCAUACAUGUAUACAUUUAUAUGCAAAUUCUCACCCACUCCUGCAGUCUGUUAUUGUAAGAGAUUUUACUGUACGGGUCUUUGCUUAGUUAGCCACCACAGGAGCAACAACCCUUGAACUUUGCAAUGCUGAGCUGUCCUUUGAUCUUAUGUACCCAUUGUGAGUCAUCAACUCGUAGAAUAUCCUGGGGGAGUGUGUUCCCUCUGUGUGAGAUGUACCUUGUGCCAAAUGUGAUGUGUAGGCACAAACCCCAUUGUGUAUUAUUUCAGACUUACCAUUAUUGCUCUGUUGUUCAGGCCACACACAUGGUUCAGGAGUAAAUUGUAAACACAACAGUACUGUCUCCAGGGAUGCAGAAAUGGCAAGCCUUCCUGGCAGCAGUUGCUGGUCCUGAUGGGAUGAGGAAGUGAUGCAGUUGUUUUGGUCUCUGAUCGUUUUUUUUUUUUUUUUUUUUUUUUUUUUUUUUUUUUUUUUUUUUUUUUUUUUUCACCCUUCUCUAGAAAUGCACUUAAUAUUAAUGCCAAGUAUCAGUAGUAAUCUGAGUUUGACCCAUCACUUGCUACAGUGAGUGCUUGGGCAUUGUGAUAUUAGUUAUUAAUCAGGUUGGUGGAUAUUCUUGCUGAGUCAGGGCUGAGCCAAACUGCUGCUGGAAGUGUGUGCCAGUGCCCCUGUGGUGACUUCUUCCCUGAGUGUCAAAUUCACAGGUUGGUGGCAAGACCAGAGUAUGUUGCCCACAUGAGCCAGUAAGGUUGAGAUGAGUAGGUUGUGGCAUAUCAUCCCUCAGCCUUAUAGUGACGCCAACUACACAAACCACCUGCCCUUCAGUGAACCCCAGCUUUUGAAUAUCUUCAUUGUGCAAGAUAGUAAACAUAGAGGUGACAUAUAUUAUUUCAUACUUUCUUAACAAGAAAAUACUAAAAAACCCUCUAGAACCAAAUAUCUUGAACAUUGAGGAUAUGUGAAAGGUUAUGUACAUUUGGGCUUUCAUAAAUACUUUAGACGUACUGCAGUUUUAGAAGAAAAAUUAUUCAUGUUGAGCCUCAUAUCCAGAGCAAAGGAAAAUGUCCUUUGCUGGUAGAAGUUAUAACAGCAAGUGCUCUUUGUGGGUGGUGGUGGUGGUGUGGGUUGGUGCAGCUGCCUUGGAGGGACUCUGGGCCCCUUUUGUCUUGCCUACCAGCCUCACUUUUCAGCCUAGUUUCUUCUUUCAUAACCUCCUUAUGCUUGUGAUACAUUCAUUUAGCUGUGGUAGCAAGGACACCCUGGUCCUCCCAGCACCACACACAUGCUGAGGCCAUGGUGGUGCCACAGCCUCAGUCUGUGUGUGGCAUGGAGUCCAGCAGUGUUUGGUGCUGCGUUGGGGCAGCCAUCUGGCACCACCUGCUGCCCAGCAUAUUAUCUUUCCAUGGUCAGUGUUUCAUGAAGUCAAUCAGAGUUUAUAGUGUUAUUUCUAUGGAGAUUAUUAUUAUAUAUAUUAUAUUUGCUUUGCAUGUAGCUCUUUAUUUUCUGUAUAAAAGUUUAACACUUGAUAUAGGAAUAUAUUAUCUAUGCAGUUUUUUUUUUUUUUUUAUUGCUUACCAGAGUUAAUUGGCAAUACUAAUACAUUAUCACAUGUACAAAUUAUUUUGUUCACUUUGACAUGUAUCUGUGUUUAUAUUUUGAGGGCGUUGCUGGUAACCCAAGCUUGUGUGUGUCUGGGGCAGGUCAUUGUGUCCUGCAGGACAGUCAUCAUAUCCAUGACAUUUUGUUCUCACCUCAUCAUCAUCUGUUAGGGUUUGAUGAGGAGUUGUCCUUUCACCAGAUAGAAAGAGAAAAGCAGUAGCAAAAAUGCAGUAUGUAUAUUUAUUUAUUUUUUUGUUGAUUUAUUUAAUUUAAUUUAAUCUUUUUAUUUAUUUUAUUUUUUUUUCUUAUUUAUCUAUUUAUUUAUUUUAUUUUAUUUUAUUUUAUUUUAUUUUAUUUUAUUUUAUUUUAUUUAUUUAUUUUUUUUUUUUUCAUUGGUUUUAAAAGUAAGUUAAAUAUUGUCUUGUUGAAGUACCAAAGAGGAAAGAAACUGUGAGGUGUGCUGUCAGUUUGGUUGAGAGGAGAGGCAUGCCAGUAAUGUAAGGUUUACUGAGGUUGUGAUAGCAUGGGCAUGAGGCCUCAUCUUAUCCACCACUGACAGCCACCCUCGUUUCACAUUGUAUUAUGUAUUGUUUUGUUUUUAAGAGUUUUGGAGAGGGAAAUUAAUUAACUAUAGUGAUCUUUUGUUUUUAUUGGAGCAAGAAUCCAUAGUUGUUUUUAAGAUAAAAAAAAAAUCUUGUUAAAUUACAAUUGGGUGAAAGUGUGGGAGGGAAAGUGGUGGUGGGCAGGUAACCAGCAAGACCCCGGACACAAGAUGCCAUAAGUCUAACACUGUAACCUGCUUUCUGUCUGCUGGGCAUUACAAAGUUUAUUGCCAUCAAUAUAAAGUUAUGAAAUUAUAUUCUCAGAGGUGUGUCAGAUUUCUGUUGCCUUUCCUAUAUUGAUAUUUUUAGCUUUAGUUCCCCAUAGCUCUAACUCCCAUAUACUCAUUAUAUUUACUAUCCAUAGCAUUAUUAUAAUGGAAAUUCUAUUUUAUUUGAUAAUUUGAUGCAAGCAGGUAAAAGGAGAUGAUACUGAUAUGCUUUCUAUAUAUGCAUGAAAUAUAUAAUUUAUCGGUAAUGACAAUGCUAUCGCUGAGAAAAUAUGUAACUGUACUACUCGGUAACUCUUUUUGUAAUACAACUAAUGUACUUUGUCUAUCAAUAAAACAUUUAAUAACA